ACAGUUGGUGAGCUGGAAGAAUCGAAAAAGGAUCUCACAGAGAGAAACCUGUCUAUCCGAGUUGAACUUGAAUCUAUUAGGUCCCAGAUGAAAGCAGCGGAGGAUGCCUUGAGACAUGCAAAACGGGAGCAGGAAAUCGAGAUGGACGAUCUCAUGUCUCGCCAGCGCAUGGAGCUAGAGACAUUGCGACAGGAAGCCCAUAAGGGGGUUGAAGGAAUCAAGGCUCAACAUGAGUUGGAAAUUCGUGAUUUAAAGCGACGCUUCGAACAUGAGUUGGAUGACGAGAAAUCCGUACGGGUCCGAGAGAUUAACCAACUUCAUUCACAGACUGCCCUUGACGCUCAACUAGCGCAGAUUGAACUCGACAAGAAAGCCAAAGAGCUCGCUGCACUCCAAGGCGAGAUGCAAGCCCUGCGAACUGAGCUUGACCGGGAACGAAAGAACAACAUGAACCUCCGACAGAACCUAGAUACAAUUAGCUCCAACAGCGUGACUCUCGAGUCCUCUAUCAGUGCGCUCAAGGCAAGGAUUGAGUUUCUGGAAUCUGGAAGGGAGGAACAAUCCGGGGCCUUCGAGCGCCUUAACCAGCAGAUGAUGGAUGCCGUGGCAGAAACAAACGAGGCCAAAGAGAAACUACGAAAGGAAGAGACGCUGAGGAGGAAGCUGCACAAUCAAGUCCAAGAGCUCAAAGGCAACAUUCGGGUGUUUUGUCGAGUUCGCCCCGCGCUGGGGUCCGAUGGAGCCUUAAAUGUCGCCCAAAUUCAAUACCCGGAUCAGGCGGAAGAUUGUAAGGAGAUCAGCAUCCUAGGUCCGGAAGAAAAGAGCAGCUUCGGGACAGUCACAAGAAAGAACAGCAACUUCUCGUUCGACCACGUUUUUGGUCCAUCUGCGCAGAACAGCGAUGUCUUCGAAGAGAUCAGCCAACUGGUUCAAAGUGCUCUUGAUGGGUAUAAUGUUUGCAUCUUCUGCUAUGGUCAGACUGGUAGUGGUAAGACACACACCAUGUCCUCCUUGGAUGGGAUGAUUCCGCGCGCGGUGCAUCAAAUCUAUGAGACAGCAACCGGUCUGGAAGAAAAAGGCUGGAGGUAUACCAUGGAAGGCAACUUCGUGGAAGUUUACAACGAGAACCUUAACGACCUUCUGGGUCAAGCGGAAGAGCUGGACAAGAAGAAGCUCGAAAUACGACACGACAUGCAAAAGGGCAAGACCAUCAUUACCGAUGUUACCACGGUGCGACUGGAUUCCCCCGAGAUGGUUGAGACCAUCCUGAAGAGAGCCGCUGCCAACCGCUCUGUGGCCGCAACCAAGGCCAACGAACGUUCUUCCCGAUCGCACUCAGUCUUUAUCCUGAAGCUCAUUGGCGAGAACCACAUUACCGGCGAGCGGAGUGAAGGAACUCUGAAUCUGGUCGACUUGGCUGGCAGUGAACGACUGAGCCACAGUGGUGCAACUGGCGAGAGGUUGAAGGAGACGCAGAGUAUCAACCGCAGCUUGAGUUGCCUGGGAGAUGUGAUCGCGGCUCUGGGACAGGGCAAGGAAGGAGGACAUAUUCCAUACCGGAACAGCAAGGUUUGUGCCUUUUUCUUGUGCAAAAUUAUAGGGAUGCAACUAAGAUGUUUUUUUUUUUCUAGCUUACCUAUCUUCUUCAAUUUUCGCUGGGCGGGAAUUCGAAGACGCUGAUGUUUGUUAUGGUGAGCCCACUGCAAGCACAUCUCUCGGAGACCUUGACCAGUCUCAAGUUUGCGACCAAGGUUCACAACACCCAU